UUUGCUCCACUCAGGAAGUAGAAUCUAUCCUGUGUGCAAGACAAGAUGUCUUCCAUCAACAAUGAAACCAAUAUGAGUGUUGUUCCGGUCACCAUAUUCACUAGAGGAGAUGAAGAGGCCUCUAUGAUGGAUGUUCUUACCCAUUGUGAGGUUAUACAUGAUGCUCUUCAGAACCUGGAUAAGAAAUGCGAUAUCAUUCAUAAAAAAUUAAUGAGAAUCCAGCGCUUGCGCAAACAAGCCCUUUGGUACUAUCGUAAUACCGUGAGAUUUUCAUGCAGAAACAGCUACAUGUUUUCUAGAAGAGCUAGAAUUAUGAAAAAUAGAAAUAGACGCUAUAACACCAAUUUGUUCUCCUCUUCUGAAAGCUGUCUUGACACCAGCAUACCAGUUUGCAGGGAGGAAAAUGAUAACGAGGGUAGUACUGUGGACACCCCUGAUUAUUUUGAUGAGCCCCAGUCAGCUCUGGAGGGAUCUGAAUUUAGGGAGCUGGAGUCACCGACACUGGGAGAGAAUUCUCAGAUUCCUACAUCUUCUGUUGUUGAAGGACUUGACUCUGUUGUCCUAAAACAAGAAACCCUUGAGGACCCUUCAACUUGGUCUGUGGAUGAGGUGAUUCUGUUUCUGAAGCGAGCGGAACCUCAAAUGGCAUGCUUCCUCGCUGGUCUCAUCCAGCAACAUGAAAUUGAUGGAAAAGCCCUGUUACUUCUUACAACUGACAUGAUGAUGAAAUAUAUGGGGUUGAAGCUAGGAUCAGCCUUAAAGCUAUGCUACCUCAUUGAAAAGCUCAAGAAAGAAAGACGCUUCCCAAAUUGAAAGAAAACCCAUUUGCAGAAAUUUUGAUUGAGUAUACCAAAUCUUCUUAAAUAAAGGCAGUUUUCUGCCCUUAGAUUUGUUUUAAAGAACGUUCUUCUAAAAGUAUCUUAUAUCUAGAAUUUGAUAACUACAAU